GAGAAUGCUGUUUCCAUCAAAGUAGAAAUUGAUGAUGUGAUUGAAGAAAAUUCAAUCGACAUGGAAACUGAUGAGGUUUAUAGACCAUCAGUAUGUUCCAUAAACAAGGUUGAACCCAAGGGGAACAGUGUUGCUGUCAAAGUAGAAGUUGAUGAUGUAAUCGAAGAAAAUUCCGUUGAUGUGAAAAUUGAGGAGGUUUUUGCACCAUCAGCAUGUUCCAUAAUGGAGGUUGAACCCAAGAUCUGUACUAUCUUAUUGAAAGAUGGACCUUGUCCAUCCAGUGAGACAUGUAAUUGGGCCAUGAAUGUAAAAGUUGAAGAGGACGAUCCUUUGGCGAUACCAUUUGCUUCAGUAAAGGCUGAACCUGGGGUCUGCAAAGGCAGCAAGAUGUCCAGCAUGUCACCAUCUGAUGAAGGCCCGGAAGGUGAUGGUCUGGCACACUGUGCUGACUAUGUGGACAGUCAGUCAUCUGACAUUGUCAUGAAGAAUGAGGUCUGUAGGAAGGAGGCACCAGUAUAUGAAAAGCAUUGUGACUCCACAGAUGCAAGUGAUGAUUCAGCUAGUGUUGCACCAUCUGCUUGUGAAAAGAAGCGUAAGGCCAGGGCGAUAAAGCUGAAAGAAGAGCGGCUAGAUCUGCAGUGUGAGUGGCGGGACUGUGAUUACCGCACUGGCAAUCUUGACCACUUUGUGCGUCACGUGAGCCUCCACAUACCACACCUAGAGGUGAAAAUGACUGAUGAUCAGGAAGGUGUAUAUGUCUGCCUGUGGGAGCAGUGUGGUUUUGAAUCUGCAGACUCCAAUGAGAUAACAAGGCACGUCAAUUUCCAUUCAUACCAUACCAAAAUAAAAUGCAUUGGGUCAAAUAUUUUGGCUCGUUCAAAACUACCGGUUUGUACAUUCCAAGAUGCUGGGAAGAAUGUGGUACCAGACUUGCCACAUGCAUUUGAAUGCUGCUGGCAGACCUGCGAGCAGACAUUCAGCAACUCUCAGACUUACUUCAAACAUGUUGAGGCACAUGUCUAUUGCAACCCGCGUGGUAGAAUAGUGGAAGGUGGUGUUCCUUGCCAUUGGCGUGGUUGCAUGUCCAACCCUAUGUACCAGUCCAUAUACAAACUGGCAGAACAUGUUAGAAGCCAUACUCAGGAGAAACUUGUGGGAUGUCCAACAUGUGGUGGGCUCUUUGCAAACAGAACAAAGUUCUCAUACCACUGUAUGCAUCAGGUUCCCUCAGAAUUGCGAAGGAAGCAGUAUCCGUCUAAGAAAGUGGUACAGUACCAUGUCAAAUGCCCCUUCUGUAACAAGUCUUGCUCUUGUCCAUCAAACCUUAGUGUGCACAUUCGGUAUAGACACUUGGAUAGCAAGCCAUUCAAGUGCAGCUCUUGUGAAUAUAGAGCCAAGACACACCAUGAUCUGAAGGUGCACUGGAAUACACACCGCUCUGACCCACUUUACCGCUGUAAGGAGGAGGGGUGUGAUUUCUCGUGUCGCAGUGCCUAUGGACUUCGCAGGCAUUGUGACAGGUGCCAUGCUGGAUGUGAUCAGCCACAGUACUGCUGCCACAUAUGUGACAGCCUGUUCCAACGUGGAUCUCUGCUGACACGUCACCUCCGUAAGCGACACAGCAUCUGCCGGCCAUCAGGGCAGUGCAGAUUUAGGUACAAGCAGGCUGAGGAUGGCUUGUUCCGUCUUCUGACAACAGGCACUGAAACCAUGAAAGUGACUCAGAAUAUAAUGAUUUUGGAAGCCAGUCAGCCAUUGUGCAGCAGUGAAGAUGACCUCCUGACACAGGAGGCAGGAGGGGCAAUUUUGUGCGUUCAGAAUGGAUUGGGAAGUCUUGAAUUGAAAGCGUUGGAGGAUUUCGAUGUUGGAAUUGGAAGCUGUCCCCCAUGGCUGAACUGCAUAGGUCCAUAUAGAGCCACUUUCUUAUGCAUCUACCAAUCAGUCAUGUCUGAUGAACACCUUUUAAGGUUAAGAAAGAUUAUGCAGUCUCUUGCUACAAGAGUGCCAAAAAUUAUGCUGCAGAGAGUUGAGGAAGUAUAUCCUCUUCUGAAGGAAAGCUUGCAGAACUUCGAUGCCAUCAAAGUAGAAAAUGAUUUUCUGAUCAAAGAGAAAUCCAUUGAUAUGAAAAGUGAAAAGGUGUGUGCAUCAGCAUCAAGUUCCAUAAAGGAGGCUGAACCCAAGGAGAAUGCUGUUUCCAUCAAAGUAGAAAUUGAUGAUGUGAUUGAAGAAAAUUCAAUCGACAUGGAAACUGAUGAGGUUUAUAGACCAUCAGUAUGUUCCAUAAACAAGGUUGAACCCAAGAAGAACGAUGCUCCCAUCAAAGUAGAAAUUGAUGAUGUGAUUGAAGAAAAUUCCAUUGACACGGAAAAUGAUGAGGUUUAUACUCCAUCAGCAUGUUCCAUAAACAAGGUCGAACCCAAGCAGAAUGAUGUUUCCAUCAAAGUAGAAACUGAUGAUGUGAUUGAAGAAAAUUCUAUUGACAUGGAAACAGAAUUAGCUUGUUCCAUAAAGGAGGUUGAACCCAAGAUCUGUACUAUCUUAUUGAAAGAUGUACCUGGUUCAUCCAGUGAGACAUGUAAUUGGGUCAUCAAUGUAAAAGUUGAAGAGGACGAUCCUUUGGCGAUAGCAUUUCCUGCAGUAAAGGCUGAACCUGGGAAUAAUCUGAAUGAACAACUCAUACAUGGUGACGAGUCACUUGCUCAUCAGACCACACUGAAAGAUCGUCAGAGGACACAUAGUGGGGCGCAUUCAUAUUCUUGUGAUGUGUGUAACAAGUCAUUCAGUAAUAAGAAAGUCUUGAAAGUACAUCAGUGCAUCCCUAGCUCAGGGCUGCCACUUUCCUGUGAAGUGUGUGGAAAAUCAUUUAGGUUCAAGAGUAUGCUGAGGAGACAUCAACACGUUCAUAGUGAAGAGAGGCCUUUCACUUGUGACGUAUGUAAUAAAUCAUUCAAACGGCAGGCAGAUUUGCAGAUACAUCGGCAUAUACAUAGUCGAGAACAGCCCUUUUCUUGUGAAGUGUGUAAUAAAACAUUUAGUAGAAACUGUAUUUUGAAGCUUCAUCAACGCAUACACACUGGGGAGCGGCCACUUUCCUGUGAUGUGUGCCAUAAACCGUUUAGAUGUCACAGUAGUCUCUGGGUGCAUCGACGCGUGCAUAGUGAAGAGAGGCCAUUUUCUUGUGAUGUAUGUAAUAAAACGUUCAAAUGGCAGAGAGAUGUGGAGAUUCAUCAACGUAUACAUAGUGGGGAGAAGCCGUUCUGCUGUGAAGUAUGUAAUAGGUCAUUUAAACUGAAAGCUCAUCUGAUGAUACAUCAUAUGCGCUUACAUACUGGGGAGAGGCCGUUUUCAUGUGAUGUAUGUAAUAAAUUAUUCGCCACGAAGUUUGAUUUGAAAACUCAUAAACGCAUCCACACAGGUGAGCGGCCAUUUGCAUGUGAUAUCUGUAAAAAGUUAUUCAAAGCUCAGAAUGAAUGGAAGAGUCAUUUGCGUGUACAUAGCGAGGAGAGACCAUUUUCAUGUGGUUUGUGUAAUAAAUCAUUCAAAUGUCAAAGUGACCUAAAAAAACAUCAAAAGGUACAUAGAUCGGUUUUCUUGUGAUGUGUUCUGAUGUACGGAAGUGCUAAAAUAAAUCAAUAACUGAAUGUCAGUGAGCUUAAUAGAAGCUGAUUAGCAGUGAGUGAUAAAUUUAUUUGCAGUCCUCAGGAGAGAAGUGUAUGUGUUGCUCUGUAUUAUAUUCGAACUACCCUACAAUAGCGAAGGAAUCCAGUGGAAGUUGAGAGUGAAAUGCCAAAAGAGACUGUCCUUGCAGCAAUAUUUGUUUUGCCUUUGUAUCUCCUCGCCCAUGCUUAUGUCUGGCGAAUUUGCUAGUGCACUGAUGUGGCCGUGUCACUGUUUUUUUGUGAAUACAGAAUUAGACAACAGUUCCUGCAGUUCACAGUUCUGCAUCACAUGCGUAGAUGACUGCCAAUUAAUGGCAGUGAUGUGAAUAAGAGGGCUGCAGGCUAUAACUUUCCAUUAACAAAAUACAAAAACAAGUGAUCAUGAAAUUGAGCUGCACCAGUAGACUGUGUGGUUUGCCUAUUAUCGCCGAAAAUAGAUUAUGCAUUAUGUUCACAUCUUUUCUAAGGAAGCUUCUGAUGAAGUCCUGUGGUAUGCACAAUGCAUGUAUGGAUGAAGGAUAGAAAUUAUUCUGUUGAGGGAGAGUAGAUUUUGGAUCUGGAAUACUCACAGAGGUGAUUAUGAAGGAGAACUCUACUUCUGGUUUCAUUUUGGUUUGGUUCUCUCAUUGUUCAGAUAUAAAGAUAGGUGCAGUAGGCAAGACUGUUGGACCUGGGAACAUUUUUGACAUUUUAUUUGUACAAUGCAAAAUUAAUGGUUGUAUGUAAGAUGUAAUUAUAUCAUCGGAAGCAGCACAUCUUUCUGCUUAAGACACAAUGUUUUACAUUGUUUUAACUUAUCCCUCUUCUUAAGAAUUGUAUUUGAAAUGGAAAAGAAAAAAUAUUAUCUCAAGAUGUAAGGUUGUGUGUACACAUGGUGCACUGUGCUUGGUGCAUUGCAUAUAGUGUAGUGCUAAGUAGAGUGCCAUGCAGAAUGCUUUCCUUGUAAGAUGGACAUUGAAGGCAUUAUUCCACAGUGCCCUGAGCUUAUUAAAUUUGAAACAGAUAUUUCAAAUGGUAUUCAUGUUGUUAAAGCAAUGUGUAGUCUUUAUAACUUCGUUCUCCAACAAGAAUGUCAUGACCUCAUGUGAAAAUGUAAUUGCACAAUCUUUCAAUAAAAAUAUUGGACAGUCACAGUGCUGCUUUUCAGAAAGA